AGGGUACUUAUUAUUAUAAACCUAUUUUUACAGAAAUAGUUUUCCUAAAUGGGCAGUAUUAGUUGUGUUUCUACUUCAUAUAAAACUUGUAUAUAGUAUUUAUUGUUCUGUCCGAUGUCUUAAUGAUUGACAAGCAUAAUGGAUCCAUACAACAGCAACCAGCAACAUAUGAGUGGUAACACGCCAUACAUGAUGCACAACACUCAGUACAUGAAUGCAAAUAAUCCUAUGAUGCAAAUGCAAGGAUUCCAACAAAUGAACCCCGCUGCUCAGUUUCAGAAUGUUGGGUUUAACCAAGCCGGCAUGGGUUACGUUAACCCCCAACAAAUACCACCCCACCCACAUCAACCUGUCAAUCAUUUUCAACCGCGACAUAAUUUUCGACCUCCAGUUGCCACGGCAACCAACCAAGUGAGUUCGGAAGAAGAGAAAAAGCAGAGAUACAAACUUGAGCAGCAAAGGAAGUUUCGAAACUUUGGCAGCAACUUUGGCCGUACAACGAUAGACUCGAUGAUGAACAACAUUGUGAGCUCAACAACAAAACAACAGACACCAUCUAAAAAACCACAGCAGUCAAACAACCAUAACGAGGAUGACUUUGGUGACUUCUUGCAAGCAAACCAACAACAGCCAAUUAUACAACAUCAAACACCAAGCCAUUCAACUCAACAAACAACCAGCCAGCCUGUUAUAAACCAAGUCGCACCAAUACCUAGUGCUUCAGUUGUUGAUGAUUUUGCUGACUUUGCACCAGCUGUUGCCCCUACACCCAAACAUGCUAGUACAACAACUAAUGUUGCUUCAACGCAACCUCAAGCAAACCACUUACAAAGCAAAAUGCUUGCGUCCCUUGAUCUGAACCAACCAAAGCAAGCUUCACAGCACUUUAGAUCAGUGAAGCCACCUCCUUCAAAAAGACCUGAAAGCAAAAUUCUUCACGUUAGUUCGAAAGCUGCAAACUGGUCGGCAUUAGAAGUAAACGAGGAGGAAUUUCAAGUUGUUGCUGAACAGCCAGUGGUCGCCCCGUUUGUUGAACCACCACAUCAAGUAGAGGUUUCACCAACAGUUCAACCUCCAACAUGGAUAAGCAACAUCGCACUCGCACCACUGCUGUAUAACCAGGUGUUAGAAGCAUCACUUGGUAGCGACGGUUUGAUCGACACAAACAAAGUUCAUCCUAUUCUACUGCGUUCGCAACUAAGUAAUGAAACUCUGGGACAUUUAUGGUCCCAAGCCAACAAAAUGGUCCCAGGCCGACUAAACCAGGAAGAACUUUUCAUUCUUCUCGCUUUAAUAGCACUAACACAGGGUGGAGAAACUAACCCAACAGUUGACAUGGUAAGGUAUCUUCCAUCACCCCCCCUCCCAACACUCAACGUACCCCCAGCUCAACAAUAUCCAUCUACAAGUAUGAACAAUGAACAAACUACAAAUUUUGGUCAAUUUAACCCCCAUGGAAGUAAUACCCCUUCAGAACCAAUCACAGAAGCUCAAACUAUGGUGUAUACAAAUCCCUCACCAGCAGAUACUGUCCAUUCAAAAUCCCUUGAAGACGACUUUGACGAUUUUCAAGACUUCCAGUCCGUAACAGCAUCAGUGUUGCCAAGUUUUAACACUCCUGUUGAAAAUACUCACACCAACUUUGUGACUGGCAACACCUUCCAACCUACUAUCCCACAAUCCCUACCUCAAAUAAAACUUGAAACAAAAGCUCAAAAUGUGAACACAACACCAGCACACAACUUAAACCACCCAGCAAGCAUAUUAUCCCUUACCCACCAACCAAUAACUGCAAACGAAACACCGAACAUAUACUCAGCCUUCAAUGAAGCACCAACCUCAUCCUUCUUCAAUCUUCCAACCAGCAACGAAAUGGUUAGCCCUCCAACCACCACUGGAGUUUCGAACCUCCCUGAUUUUGAGCCCCCCACAUACUCGUCCUUGUUUACCCGUGAUCCGGAUAUUUUUUCCGACACAAGCGGGUCUUUAGCUCCACCAAGUACAUUUCCUGCCACAAACAGCUCUCCGGCUCCACCUACUGUUGAAAGCGACACUAACGAUGACUUUGGAGACUUCUCUUCCGCAAAGGUUGAAUGGAAGUCACUGUUUACAGAUAAUUUAGCAGCGCAAAAAAACAAAUCUUCCUCUUUUUCUGCACUGCCACAGUCUCUUAAACAAAGCAGUGUUGCCGCAAUAAAAAGUGAGAAUAAUUUACUUGAAAGCAUAGAAAUAGCAAAAGCUGAGGACAAGUACGCAGCUUUUUCGGACUCUAGCUUUUCCACCAAGUUCGACAAUGUAUCAACAAAAUCUGACCAGAAUUCGGUCAAAAGUCUCGACAUGAACAACGCUCUCUCGAAGCUUAAGUCUGACUCGAAUUCAGUCUUAAGCCUCGAUUUAAAAAACAGCACAAAGUUCGGCAUCCACACUGUAGAUUCCGAAGCAAACUCAGUUAAAAGUUUGGAGUUUACAAAUAUUUCGGACACAAUUAUGCAGCAGUCUAUAGGAAGUGUCUCACCCAAGCCACUGGCUACAAACACUGCUGUUAAACUUGACUUAUACGACGAUGACGAUGACUUUGGUGAUUUCUGUGAGCCUCCCCCUGACGUGCCUCCUGACACAAAUGAUGAGUUCGACGAAUACAACGGCGGGAACUCGGCUCUGGUCGAUUUUGAUCCAUUUGAAACUUUUCCAUCUUCUUCAAAGAAGAAAAAAGAUGAGAAAUCGAAUGAGCAAGUGUUUCCUCUAAGUCCGUCGUUUCAGAAGAAAGUGGAAGGCAUUCAAUCACCUUUAUCCCCACCACAUGAAACAUUUGGAAAACCUGCUUCAAGUUUUACUGAAUCUGGAAACACUGCUGCUGUUACAGUUGAAGCACCUACCCAUCAAAAUGAAACAUUGAAUGGCGCAAACAAUGAGAAGAAAAAUGAGGAAAACGAAGUUUCAGAUCAACCUAUUGAAACAGUCCAGUCAAUUCCUGCUACCAAACCAGACUUUACACCUAAAAAUAUCAAUUUAAAGGACCCGGACUACUUUCUUAAAAACUCACUUUUCACUCCGGAAAUUGUUAAAAAAGAGUCCACAGAAGAUAAAGAUGAUGAUCAAGAUUCUUCCCAACCGUAUCCAGAAGAUGUUCAAGAUGAGGAAGUCCCAACUGCGGAUCUUAAACCAAAAUUUGAUGCCAGUGUUUGGAGCAACGGGCAUGUGGUACAGGAACAAGUGGUUCACGCUGUGUUUGAAGAUAAUUCAGAAACUCUCACAGUUGAGCAAAGUGAGUGGCAACUUCAAACACGACAGGUUGAUCAUGUGAGGGAAUACACAGAGAAGUGGGAGCUGUGUCUCAGUGCUUGUUUAGAAGUUAUUCUACAAACCAAUGAAACUUUGAGCUCAAUUGAAUCACCCGCUGUCUGUAACGAAGUGUUGUAUUCAUGCAAAGGGCAAAGGUUUAUUUCAGACUUAUCUGCUGUUUACCAAGUUGCGCGCAGAAUCUGCAGCAGCGCACGCAAAAUUAAAUUGGAAAUCUCUCAGUUGAAACAACUUCAUAAACAAAUAGAAUUAUCAUGGAACAAUCUGCUGUCUUUCUGUCCCAACGCAAGUGUAAAUGAAUUGGAGGUUGUAGCUAAAAAUGAAAGCACCUGCGUUUGUGGCGUCUGCUUACUUGCCAUGAAAGGUAGUCAGAUAAAUUACGGUGGGUCGAACUACCACGCAACUUGCGCUAACUUAUGGUUGAACCACGUUGCCUCAGUUCUCCCCGCAUUACAAUUGCCACAGCCUGCUCAAACAUAACAUAUCGACAUAGGAUCCAUGGCAUGUCACCCUGCAGGUUGUAAUAUAUCAACAAUAUAGUGAUGUAGUAUCUUCACUUGGAGGAAUAAGCCAAUCCUUGCUAAAAUCCUAGGACCAAUUGCAUGCCACGCAGAGGGACCUAACCCACAUAGGAUACUAUACUAAGUGGACAAAUCCAAUUCGUUUUUUUUAGAUAUUUUCUUCUACCAAAAAAAAAAUUGAAACUUUUGAGCAUUAGUCACAGCAAAGUGUUCAAAAAUGGAGUUAUAUUAAGAAAAAUCUGCAAUAAACAUUUCUAAUUUUGUUCUAUACAAACCUGUUAAAAAAAAACAGUAAAUUUACAUAAAAUAGUAUACAGUGGGGUUCAUUUUAUACCAUUUGGUAAAAUUCUUAACAUUUGUAAUGUUGAUAAUUUUAUUUACAAAUAAAAAUAAUUCAAGUUGAACUAUCAGCUCCCUCGAGACAUUUCUGUAUUUUAUGGAAUUUUUACUUGAUUUUUGCGAUACAUUUUUUUCUUGAUUUAAUAUAAGCAUAUGCUGGUGAAAAUCGAAUGUUCUAUUGAAUAGAAUGUGUGGUUUUUUAGCUCUUGUGGUACAAAAAGCAUUUCCGCUCAGUUCUAGUUUAAUUUUUUUUUUCGUUUUUCGUGGUCAUUUUACCCCAUAUAUAGUAGGAUGGGAAAGACGGGACACCUUUAGCACAUAAUAUCCAAUUAACAAUAAACCACCGUCUGUGGGAGUCGUGAUGAUACGGUUUUAUAAUUCUAUAUUUUUGUUCACUACCCAAUGGAACGAAAAAAACAGAAUGAAAAGGUGUCCCAUUUUCCCCCACCCUACUAUAUACAAAGUCUUUAUGGCUAGAUGUCAUCUGGUUUAUCGGAAGUUUUGUCUUCCUUAUUCCCGUAACCUGACAGCUAAUUGUAUUGUUUCUAUGCCGAUUCAUUGCGCAAUGUACUUUGCAUAAAGUUGACGGAAAGUUGUGCAAUAAAUUCCUAACUUAUUUCAA